ACUCUUUCUUCUCUCUUUCUUUCCGUGCAAAAUCUUCUUCUACUUUCCUCUGAGAUUCUUCCAGACAUCAGCAACAAGCCAAUAAGAACAGAGAACCAAAAGCUUAACAAUCAUACAAAACUCAGCCAAAUAAAAUUAUUCAGACAAAAAUGAGUUGCAAUGGUUGUCGUGUGCUCCGAAAAGGCUGCAGUGAGAACUGCAUACUCCGACCAUGUAUUCAAUGGAUAGAAACCGCCGAUGCUCAGGGCCACGCCACCGUAUUCGUCGCUAAAUUCUUUGGUCGCGCCGGUCUCAUGUCUUUCAUCUCCGCCGUGCCGGAAUCUCAACGUCCCGCUUUGUUUCAGUCUUUGCUGUACGAAGCUUGUGGAAGAACAGUGAAUCCAGUCAACGGAGCUAUAGGUAUGUUGUGGACGGGAAACUGGAAAAUCUGCCAAGCGGCGGUUGAGACGGUGCUACGCGGCGGUUCUUUGAGACCUAUCCCUGAGCUUCUCGCUCACGGCGGCGGUGGAUUCGCUGGCUUUCCAACGGCUACAUCUGAAGAACCAUCUGAGAUCUGCACAGAAAUGUUGAAUCUCCAGCAGAAUGAUGGUAACAUGUAUCAUCAUUCAAGAUUCUCAAGUUCUAGAACAAGAUCCAGAGUUGAUUCUUCUUCACCGACAAAACGUAAAAGAGUAGCUUCUUCAGAGCUUGAUCUAUCGCUGAUACCUAAUUCACCUAUUAAAACAAUGCCUUCUUCCACACGGCAACGAUCUGUAACACCUUCUAUGAACUCUGAGGAAUCAGUGACUACUACUAUUACUACACCGACGUCGUUUUGGGAUAAUACUGCAAGUGGUGGUGACAUGUUUGGGAACGGAGGAGGAGGAGGAGAGACAAGCAAGCUGCUUAACCUUUUUGUUUAAGUAAACUUUGUUUUUUUUUUCUCUGGUUUUAGUUUUAGGGUUCGAAAAUGUAUUUUUACUCAUUUUCUUCACUAUUUUCGUGGAUAAAAUUUUGGGACCGGCGAGUUAUGACUACGCGGUUUUGUUCUCUCGGUUCAGAAGUUAUUAACCAUUGUUUAACUUUAAUAUUGAGAGUGGAAAUUGAAGUUUUCGACCGUGUUAAUUUAAUUAUCCCUACUUUUCACUAGUCC